AAGCAGCUGUUUUCCUCACAGUCGUGAACAUCUUCAUGCGCGCUUGUCCUGCGCGAUGUAUCAGCAAAGUGCUUUGCUGUUGGAUGCACCUGAAACACGAGCCAACUUGAUUGCGCUGGAGACUGCUGCCGCUGAUUCCUUUGACCGAAAAUGCAAGAUUAUUUGCACAAUGGGACCUGCUUGCUGGGAUGUACCAAUGCUGGUCAAGCUCAUUGAUGCGGGCAUGAACAUUGCUCGCUUGAACUUUUCCCACGGAGACCAUGAGGGCCACGCAAAGACAGUGGAACGUAUCCGAGAGGCAUGCAAGCAGCGUCCUGACAAGCCUAUAGCGAUUUUACUGGACACCAAGGGCCCUGAGAUCAGAACAGGCUUCUUCAAGGAGGAACUUGCAGGUGGGAAAAUCAACCUGAAAGAUGGUCAAGAGCUCAAGCUUGUGACAGACUACGGUUUCAAGGGGGAUGAAUCAACCUUGGCAGUGUCCUAUCAGCAAUUGCCCACAGCCGUCAAACCAGGCAGCAUCAUUCUGGCAGCGGAUGGUUCACUCUCUUUGAGAGUGAAGAGCUGUGGCAGCGAUCAUGUGAUCACCGAGGUGCUGAAUGACAUCGCCCUCGGUGAGAAGAAAAACAUGAACCUGCCUGGCGUCAAAGUGGACUUGCCUGUUCUUCAGGACAAAGACAAGAAAGACUUGUUGGAGUUCGGCAUCCCGCAGGCCAUUGACUUUGUCGCGGCCAGCUUCGUGCAGGAUGCGGACGAUAUCAAGCUCAUUAGGAAAACCUUGGGCGUACGAGGUCGAAGCAUUAAGAUCAUAGCGAAGAUCGAGAAUCAGGAAGGCAUUAACAACAUCGAUGGGAUCAUUGAAGCCGCUGAUGGUAUCAUGGUCGCCCGUGGUGACAUGGGCAUGGAGAUCGAUAUCGAAAAAGUUGGCUUGGUGCAGAAGAUGAUUAUCAACAAAUGCAACCUCCAGGGCAAGUUCGUUGUCACAGCCACACAGAUGCUUGAUUCAAUGGAACGUGCGCCACGGCCCACUCGAGCUGAAGCAACCGAUGUGCUGAAUGCAGUUCUGGAUGGCACAGAUGUUGUGAUGCUGUCUGGUGAGACCGCCAGCGGGAAAUUCCCAGAACAGGCAGUCGCCACUAUGCGACAUAUUUGCCAAGUGGGCGAAAGGGUCAUCGACUACAAGGCACUCUACUUAAAAAUGAGGGUUGCAACCUUGGAGAGGAACAUCAUGAGCAUGGUUGAGUCCGUUUGCUCCUCUGCUGUGAAGACGGUCAUAGACUCUGAUUGCAAGCUGAUCAUUGCUUUGACGGAGACAGGGCAUACUGCACGUGUUAUUGCCAAGUAUCGGCCCCCCGUUCCAAUUUUGGCCAUCACUGCCAGCGAGCCCACACUACGGCAAAUGUUGGCAAAUCGUGGCGUUGUGCCCAUUCUCACAGCAUCUUUCCAGGGCACAGAUUCAGUGAUCGCAAAAGCAUUGGUGAAAGCCAAGGAAACCAACAUGGUGAAGCCGGGAGACAAUGUGGUCGCGUUGCACGGCCAGAAGGAGGAGUGCCCAGGCCACUCCAACCUCUUGAAAAUUGUCACCGUGACUUGAGUGUUUUGUCCUGGAGUCAUCCUGAACGCUUUUGUUUGGGUUGCUUUGCAGCGCUUCCCAAAGUUGGUGCACAAUGGUGCACAGCUUUGCAACGCCUGCCUGUAUGCCCGACCCAAACCGCUCUUCUGGCCAUUGGAGAAGCCAGUGUGACCCGAUCGUCAGAUCGUUUCAUUUGGGAAUUGUUUGGAAUGUAGCGUGGUCCAAAAGCGGCAGAGAA